AUGUCGUUCCCCGAUGAGUCGCAAGUCGACACGGUCGCUGCUAUCACCGGAUUCUGUGACCGUGCCAUAAUCGCCAACGCGCUUCAGGCCUCCAGUUACAAUGUCGAGUCCGUCAUCAACGAAUAUUUCGACUCAGCAGACAAGUUUGAACGAAAAUAUGGCUGGGACGAGAGCGCUUUUUCCUCUAACCGCGAGGGUGAGCCCAAUCAGAUAGAUACUAAUACUGGCCCAUCCUUCCUGAUCCAACCACCCGACGACAACCCAGUCAUAUAUGGGACCGAGCCGAAUAACUUCUAUGGUGCCGGUGCUCCCUCGCGGCCGCCGUCAAGAACGAACAAUAGAUCGCCUAUGAGCCGACUCGUGGAUAUGACUGCCAACGAGUACACCACAGACACGCCGAGCAGCCGACAGGAAGAGGAGGCCCAGUUACAGCGAGCUAUCACCGAAUCCUUGCAUGCGUCGGGUGUGCAAAGCCCUCCAACACUCCCGCCACCGCCGGCUAGGCCUCCACCAUUGCCGCAGCAAUCGGGUAUUACUUCCACUGGAGAAUCUUCGGUAUACUUUGGCCCAGCCAAUCGGCCGGACUAUGCGACGGAUGAGUGGGCCAUGGUUCGCCUCCAUAACGAUCGGAGAGACCCGGGCCCGUCUAUGAGGGCGAGGAAGCCGGGGAUGCCCGUUUUACUCCGAUGUUCCACGGACAGUUGGGACAGGCAUCGUAUCGGAGCCCUUCUAACCAUAUUCAACGAAAUUCCUGCUGUUCGCAAUGUAUUACUUCGAACCGGCGAACCGCCUGCGUACGGGUACGGCAACAACAGUAACUGGUGGAAAGGUGAAGCCAUCCUUCCCCCUGGUCGAGAAAACGAGGAUCAAGCUUGGGCACAGCCACCCUGGUCCGACGAGCUUCACCGACUGAUGGCCUUCCUUGAGGCCACGGAACGGAGUUAUGGCAGUGCUGAUUUGCUCUCUCGCGCGCGAUAUCCGCCCAUGCAGCAGACAAACGACACGGAAAAAGACUUCUUCCAAAGCCUUUUCAGCAUGCAACAAGAGACGGGCAACAUGGAGAAUGUUCAAGUACUCGACUCCAGCGUUGAAGUCGUGGCAUUUGAGGAUGCAAGCCUCCAAAGCGUAGAUCAUUUCGCUCUGUUGGAUCUUCAAAUUGGGCCGGAUGCCGCUUUCAAGACUUUAUAUAAUGUGCUUGAUUCCGUCUUCUUUUCAGAAGCCAGACAAGCGAUGGAAACCCCAAAUCUGGCCCGGAUGGCCUGGAUAACCAGCGCCUCAGAGGUUCUAACAUUCCGUUUGCAGGCGGAGGACGGGCUACGCAAGGCGCUCGAGAUCCCCGAGACAUUCUACAUUGACAGAUAUUUGAAAGACCAUGGGAGCAACAUCUGGGACUUGCAACGGGAUAUCACGGCGGUCACGGCGGCAUUCGACACGAGCUUCCGGAGAGAGGAACUCCUAACAAAAUGGGUCAAUCCUCGGACAAAGAAAACUUAUGAUCGUAGGCUACUCAUCAAGGCUGCAAUACGCAGGUGCCAAGAAAACAUUCGGAACAUUCAAAAUCGGGCAUUCUGGAGGGAACAUGAGCAGGCGUCUCCUGAUAGGAGUGAUGACUACUACCUGCCGGAGCACGUUGGCGAGCCUGGUCUACCGCCUGAUGAGGCUAAAGUUGUCGGUCACUAUAGCGCCAAGAUUCAAGAGCUCGAAGAGGAGCUGGCCAAAAUAGACCAUGUUAUGAACAGCACCGUGUUGCCCCAUAGGAGGGAACUUGAAGCUCUCAACCGAAAGAUGUCGGCCCUUCUGACGGUCCCAACUGCCGAUGAGAAGUGGAACCCAACCCACAAGUACACGCUUCGCGGAGUGGUUAGUGACCCUGAUACGGUCUUUUUACGAGUGAACGCGCCGCACCGGGAGCAGGAGUCCAUAGCUACCCAUGACGAGUCCGGGUCUGGAGAAAGUCAGUGGUUGAAGCUCUCUUACAAGACAGAAGGCCAAGCGGUCGAGCAUACGCCGGUAUCCUACGAAACUGUCGUGCGAGAGGGGUGCGGGAUCGGCUCCAUGCCUGUGCUGGUGUAUGCGACGGAUAAGGCUCUACAAGAAGAGAGAAUACCCCUUCCAGAUGCGUUGAAGUCGUUCGUCAAGCAUGACAACCGGCAUUUCAAGCAGGAACUCUCACAGUCGGAGCAGCUGCCCCACACGCCCGAAAAAAGGCGAAGCGCCGGGCUCGAGGCGGACUCACAAUCGAAACGGCUUCAGAGAUCUUCGAGUAUGGACUCGAUGGCGACUAACCAGGCAUCGGUUGGGGAUCUGGACGAUGAUAUGCGCGACGCGCCGUUCGAUGACGAUUCAAUGUUUGGACCCGUGAACGAUUUCAUCACGGUUGGGACAGGGGACCAAGAUGACAUGCCGGACCUUGUGGAAAUGUCGGACCAGCCGAGGGAACCGAGCUCGGAUCUACGCGCAAGCCUACCGACUCCGCCUUACGAUAGCGACGUCGACAUGGAGACAGAUGUUUCUCCGGCACUAGACCCCGAGGCGGCACGGCUCGCCCAAGUAAGUCUCCAGGAUAUAAAAAGCAACAGCGGUUCAAAGGGCCCAGAGAUGCAGGAGCGCCCAAACUCGCCGUUUAUCACAAGGCCGAGUAACGGUAUGACCAAUGGCGCUGCCGCAGAACCGAAUGUCCUCGCCAACUACAGCACAGAGGACAGUAUCGAUGACCGGCUUCACCGCGCUUAG